GCAUGAUACUAGCUUGCUGGCAACACCUAAUGAAAGAACGUGCCGCUUACCGAGCCACCUUCCAUUGAUAGUAGCUAGCCAGUUGCCACAGUCUGUCUAGCGGAAAAUCUAUUAGACAGUUUGUUAGCUAGUUACCAACAUUAACACGAUAAGUGGUCAGCUUUUUCUCUCUUGCAAGUACUUUUCACUUUCCCAAAUAAAAUGCUAUGAAUCAGUGCCCAGUAAUUUAAGAACUGUUCCGAAAAUCUAGCUAGCAAACCAAGUAAGGUUACCCAGUUUAGUAGCCACUGCGUUUUUAGUAGUUAGUCUAGCUAGUUAGGUGAAUAGAUAGUAAUUUUCAAAAACUGACAGUAAUGAACACAUUUGUGUAGUAUUUCCGGCACUAGUGUCACAAAACGUAGGCUACGUUUACUGUAGACUGAAGCAGUUGUAACUUGGCUACUUUCAGUUGAUUUGAUUAAGAAAGUCCAGCGGUGCUGCCAUUCAAAUGUGUAUGGUUCACGCUGCAGACCAAGCACUUCGUUGAAGUUAUGGAACUCUUAUUCUUUACAACAGACUUUACAACUAAAAAGUCUAUGAAGUAUUUGGUUAAAUAUGGCUGCAGUUACGUGGAAAGAGAUUUUCUUGCUGGCCAGCGUUGUGUUGGGCUGCUACUGGAACAGCUUGUCGUGUGGUUUUGUGUUUGACGAUGUCUCGGCCAUCCUCGAUAACAAGGACCUUCGCCCCUCAACUCCUCUUCGAAACCUUUUUCUAAACGACUUCUGGGGAACGCCCAUGUCUGAGGAAAGGAGCCACAAGUCCUAUAGGCCCCUGACGGUACUGACCUUCCGACUGAACUACCUGUUCAGUGAGCUCAGUGCUCCAUCCUACCACCUCCUGAACGUGCUGCUACACGUGGUCGUUUGCGUCAUCUUCUUGCGCGUCUGCCGGCUUUUCCUGGACAAAACCUCCAGCAGAGUGGCUGCCCUACUUUUUGCUGUUCAUCCUAUCCACACAGAGGCAGUCACUGGUGUGGUUGGAAGAGCUGAACUCCUGUCAUCUAUAUUCCUACUGUUAGCAUUUCUGUCCUAUACCAGAUCCAAAGGUUCGGAUCAUUCAAUUGUGUGGAGUCCCAUUGCGUUGACUGUGGUCCUGGUUGCCAUUGCCACCCUGUGCAAGGAGCAGGGGGUAACCGUCAUUGGAAUAUGCUGCGUCUACGAAGUGUUCGUAGCUCAAGGGUUCACCUUGCCUGCGCUGAUGGACACCGUGCUCCAGGUUCUGCGGGGGAAAGAUGGCGUUCCGUACGUGGUUCUGCAGACAUUACUGAAACUCAUCGCCCUUAUUAUCAGCACCCUACUACUGGUCAUCGUCAGGGUGCAGGUUAUUCAGUCUCAACUGCCUGUUUUCACCAGAUUCGACAACCCAGCUGCUGUCAGCCCCACCCCUGCGAGGCAGCUAACAUUUAACUAUCUCCUGCCUGUCAAUGCGUGGCUCCUGCUCAAUCCUUCUGAGCUCUGCUGUGAUUGGACCAUGGGCACCAUUCCUCUUGUGGAGUCCUUGCUGGAUGUCAGGAACCUUGCCACCUUGGCCUUCUAUUGUCUGCUCGGGCUUCUGGCCCUCCAUAGCCUGCGCUACUCUGACCACUCGGCCAAGACUGUCAUCAUGGCCCUGUCAUUGAUCGUGCUUCCGUUCAUCCCUGCUUCCAACCUGUUCUUCCCCGUGGGGUUUGUGGUGGCCGAGCGUGUCCUCUAUGUUCCCAGCAUGGGUUUCUGCAUGUUGGUGGCUAACGGGUUCAGGAUAGUUUCCCAAAGCGGAAAUCUGAAGAAAAUCUCCUGGCUUUGCAUGGCUUUACUCCUCACCACCCAUGCCGUCAAGACAUUCAACAGAAACUGGGACUGGGAGUCCGAGUACACACUCUUCACUUCUGCUUUAAAAGUCAAUAAGAACAAUGCAAAGCUUUGGAACAAUGUUGGCCAUGCUCUGGAAAACCAAAACAACUAUGUAAGAGCACUGAAAUAUUUUCUCCAAGCCACCAGCGUCCAGCCAGAUGAUAUUGGUGCCCACAUGAAUGUUGGAAGAACGUACAAGAAUUUGAACCGAACCAAAGAAGCCGAAGAGGCCUACUUGAUUGCGAAAUCUCUCAUGCCGCAGAUCAUACCCGGGAAGAAGUACGCCACCCGUGUGGCCCCCAACCACCUGAACGUUUACAUCAACCUGGCCAACCUGAUCCGCGCCAACGAGUCCCGUCUGGAGGAGGCCGACCAGCUGUACCGGCAGGCCAUCAGCAUGCGGCCAGACUUCAAACAGGCCUACAUAAGCAGAGGAGAGCUCCUGUUGAAGAUGAACAAACCGGUGGAGGCCCGCGAUGCUUAUCUGAGAGCGCUGGAGCUGGACAGGACAAACGCUGACCUGUGGUACAACCUGGCCAUCGUCAACAUCGAGAUGAAGGACCCCUCGGAGGCACUCAAACACUUCAACCAAGCCCUGGACCUCAACCCCCGGCACAAACUCGCACUCUUCAACUCCGCCCUCCUCAUGCAGGAGUCCGGCGAGCCGCGGCUAAGGCCAGAGGCCAACCGUCGCUUCCUGAUCUACGUGGAGGAGGAGCCGGAGGACGCCAACGGCUACUUCAACCUGGGCAUGCUGGCCAUGGACGAGAACGAGAACGAGGCGGCGGAGCGGUGGAUGAAGAAGGCCAUCUCCCUGCAGCGUGGCUUCCGCAGCGCGCUCUUCAACCUGGCUCUGCUGUACUCGCAGUCUCGCCGCGAGCUGGAGGCGCUGCCCGUGCUGGGCGAGCUGCUCCGCCACCACCCGGAGCACGUCAAGGGCCUGAUCCUGAAGGGCGACAUCCUGAUGAACCACCGCAAGGACACGCGGGGCGCCCGCGAGUGCUUCCAGAGGAUCCUGCGCAUGGACCCGGGCAACGUGCAGGGCAAGCACAACCUGUGCGUGGUCUACUUCGAGGAGCGCGACCUGCCGCGCGCCGAGCGCUGCCUGGAGGAGGCGCUGGCCAUGGCCCCGCAGGAGGAGUACAUCCGCCGCCACCUCGCCAUCGUCCGCGGGAAGAUGGCCGCCAUGGCCGCCGCGGGAGAGCCGCCGGCACCAAAGGGCGACGACCGGAACCCGAGCGAGCCGAGCCCGGGCCCGGGAGGGGAGGGGGAGGGGAAGGGGAAGGAAGUGCCCGGGCCGAGAGGUGCUGGCCAGAAGAAUGAGCGGAAAUCCCCCCACGCCGAACGCAGCGCCAGGAGUUUGAGCCAAGAGCAGUCCAAGAGCCUGGAGCCCGGCCAGCCCGAAAAGAGGACUAAGGCUAAGUCCACAAAAGAGAUUAAAGACAUAGAGGAAAAGAGGGCAGCUGCCCUGAAGAGGCUGGAGGAGAUUGAACGUAUAUUAAGUGGCGAUUAACCUCGUUGCCUUUCUACGGCCGGACUGCUUUUAUACCCCUAUUUAAAGACGAGUGGCGGCUUCCGUUUAGAAACGCGCCGGCAUUCCUGAGCGGGCGAUGACCGCCCCGUGUUUAUGCAUGCUGUCAUGCCUCCCAGCAAGGGCUGCGGCCAUAUCCCUUGUUGCUUUUGCGUGACUUGAGUACGAGGUUAAACGGGCGAAUAAUGGGAACAUCAAGUUAUUCCCAAAAAAAAAAAAAAAAAAAAAAAAGCUUGUUUAGGAAGAGGUAUGACUUUUUUUUUUUUUUUUAAAGCACACGAUUAUUGUAUACACUCAUCUGAGCCCUGAAAUGUGUCCAUUAUGAAUGUCUUGUCAUGCUCCAUUUCUUUAAAAUGAUUGUUUGUCACCUUUAUUUUUUCUUUUUUUUCUUUCUUUUUUUAUGGAGCCCUUAAGGUAACAUGGGGAGAGGUAGUAUUGUAUAGCCUGACUGUAUCGAAAUAAAACACUAUCAAACUACACUUGUUUUCUUGUAUAAAACGCUAUGCAGGAAAACACGCUUUGCAUAACAAGGCUUGUGGCUGCAAACAGCUAUUUGCGGGUGCGCAAUGGGUUAGUCAAUAAAUACAGCAUGUUUCACGAAAGAGUCUCCAUUCACAGCAUUUCCUUUUAUUUAUUUUCAAAGCAUCCCGCAAAGUUUACAAAUCGUGUUCUGUUUAUUUUAAAGAUUAUGUUUACAUUUGCAAACCAUGCUGUAUUUAUGCACAAAUUCUGUUGCUUGCCUGCAAAUAGGCCUAGUAUUUAUUCUCAGAAGGCUUUGUGAGGGAAUGCGGUACUUUUCGAGGGGGUAAAAAUGUUCACCUUAGGGGUUUAUUUUUUUCUUGUGGAUCACUGGAUUUUUGUGUUUUAAUUUUUAGGCUUUUUCUUUUUGUCAGGGUUUAAUUUUUUUGUAUAAACAAGCUUCUACAUGAAUAGAUUGUUUUGUAAAAUGUAAUGAUUGUCUCAUGGUCAAUAAAUGGAAAUGUAUUGCUGAAUCCAAAGCAAGAUCUACAGUAUAUUAAUAUCCCCUGCAGUUGAAUUAUUCGCUGCAGAAGUGCUGCAUUGUCCAUUUUGACUGUGAUUCCCUGUAGCUCGGUUAUGCACUGCCUCACUACUUCAAAAUCCAUUUCUUCUUAGGGGUGUGUAGGUAGCCUUUGCUUUACAUUGUGGGAAAAAACACAUCAACACUAAAGUACUUGUGCUUUCAAAUUUUCCAACAGUGAUAUGGAAUUUCAAGCCCAAAUAGAUUUUUUUAUUAUUUCUGCACAGUUAACGUUUAAUGCAUUGUUUUUUUUAAUGGUUAUGUCAUUUGCUUUUGCUUCUUACUGUUGGGUACGUGUCUAAUCAGAAUAUCUGGUUAUGAGAACUUAAACAGUUUUCCAUCAUCAUCUGCCAGUGUUGACUUAUGCUUUUUUUUAAAUGCAAUGACACAAUUCCAUUUUAUCUCUCUUUAUGUCUAUUUGCAAGUGCUGUUUUACAGUUUCACAGAACUACACCAAAUAUCUGAACUGCAUUUCUUUAAAGAUCUCUGAAUUGACAUGUAUGAUUGAUUGAUUUCUGUUCAAACUGAAAUGCCAUUAGCUCUGUACCGCAAUGUGAAUUUUAUCCGGUUUCAAUGAGUCAUUGUCAUGUGUGUUUGGGCGGUUUGCCUGUUUAUUGUUUUUCACAUUCUUUUUUGGUGAUUAAUUUUGUGCUACUGUACACACCACAAAGAGUUUUAUUGACAAGCAUAUUUCACAUGUACAAAUUUGAAUUGUACUAUCGCUGACUGCAUGGUAUCCUACUCUAACUGUAGUGGAUUUCCCAAGAAUAAUCAUCAGACAUGUAAUGAUCAGAUGCAUCUAUCCUGACGCUCAAGAGCAGUGAGCACUGUACAGUGUAGGAUCUGCCUUUGCAGUUGGCUCUCACCCAUGUAUAAGAACAUGAAUUACGUGUCAAUUAUAAGGCAAAUAUUUCAAUAUAGUAAAGAUACACUGUUGUGCUGGCAAUUGCCUGGGUGGCUAUGGUUGUUUGAAGGGUUUGUAAAUCCUUAUCCAUAUUGUGAACUUGUAUAGCUAAAAAUGUUUUUAUUGGCGCCACUCAAUGGGUAAUGCUAGUGAAAUCUAUGGCAAAGCCUUCUGUUGAUUUAAUUUAUUUUUGUUUUACAUAAAUUGAUGUUUGAAAAUUCCAAGAAGCCAUUAUCUUCGAGCUAAAUCAAGGAGGGGGAGGGGUGACAUCUAGAAUUAAAUUGCUGACAGAAGUGUGAGCAGUCUUUCUUCAGAAAUCGGUUAUCGUAGCACAGCUGAUAUGGGUGCGAUGAGAUUGUUUUUUCAGAUGAGACGUUAAGUGCAGGCAUGACUCACUGUGGUCAUUGACAGCAUGAUGUUUCCUGCUGUCUUGGUAAAAUUUGGAGUCUGUUUUCUUUGGAUUUGUUUUUGGGCUUAAUAUUUUGGUCUAGUUUGUCGAACACUGGGAAUAGUGGCAGCCUGGCAGGUAUUAUUAUGAACAUAAUACUGUCGUCCAUAAUUUGUUCGUCCAUUUUGUUGUGAUUUCACAAAUAUUUAGUCACACACUUGAUGUCGUCUGCAUUAAUGCACAAUGCUGUUGGGAGAGUUUUUUAAAAGUUAAUUGUUAAAGGUAUUCAAGUUUUUGUUAACUUUUCUCCCCAUAUUUGACUUCUAACCAUUAAUUAAAAUUUUUUGGGAUUUGGGGAGCAUUUAUCUGUUUAACUAUAUACAUUUAAAUACAUUGUCUAUUAAAGAAAUUUAACAUUAUUUAAAUGCUUGUAAAAUCUUACACGCCUGUUUUUUUCUGCUUUUUUAUACUUUGUCAUUCAUAAACCCAUGGAUUGUUUUAUGUGUACUGUAUUAACCGAAAACCGAUGUUAUCUACCCAUUUUGGUGACUGAAACUAUAAUGGCCAUUUUUGUCUGAGUGGGUGUGAUGAGGCUUAUCCCUUCAAAAUAAAAGUGGUUAAACGAAUGGAA